AUGAUGGAAAGUCUACAUGUACGUAACUCAACCCUUCCUGAGAUGUUUACAGCCCUGUUCUGCAAUCCUCCCCGACUUAAUUCAAGAUCAGUCAGCCAGCCAGCCAGCCAGUCAGCCAGUCAGCCAGUCAGCCGGACUGUCAGCCAGCCAGCUAGCCAGCCAGUCAGCCAGUCGGCCAGUCAGCCAGUCUGUAAGCCAGCCAGCAAGCCAGCCAGUCAACCAGUCGCCAAUUCAGCCGGCCGGCCAGCCAGUAAGCCAGCCAGCCAGUCAGGCAGCCAGGCAGCCAGCCAGCCAGCCAGCCAGCCAGUCGGCAAGUCAGCCGGACUGUCAGCCAGCCAGCUAGCCAGCCAGUCAGCCAGUCGGCCAGUCGGCCAGUCUGUCAGCCAGCCAGCCAGCCGGCCAGUCAGCCAGUCUGUCAGCCAACCAACAAGCCGGCCAGUCAGCCAGUCUGUCAGCCUGCCAACAAGCCAGCCAGUCAGCCAGUCGGCCAGUCAGCCAGUCUAUCAGCCAGCCAACAAGCCAGCCAGUCAGCCAGUCGCCCAGUCAGCCGGCCGGCCAGCCAGCCAGCCAUCCAGCCAGUCAGCCAGCCAGCCAGCCAGCCAGUCAGCCAGCCAGUCAACCAGUCGCCCAGUCACGCGGCCGGCCAACCAGUCAGCCAGCCAGCCAUGUCCACAGUCUCCACUCAACCAUGGAGGUAACAUCUUACAGUUCAUGUCGUCCAUGGCAUUUCUCUAA